AUGCAGGGUGCAAGUGCUCCUGAUGCCAGCUACUUUCAUCCUGCUUCUCCCCUCUGCACCCUGAGCACAGGAAUAUGUGAAGGCUCCUCUGUCCUCACUGUGCCCAACAGAGGUCACUGGGGCAACUGGAGCAGACGUAAAUUUUGCUGCUAUGGCCAUGCUUAUGGAUUUGCACUGAAAGUGGAGCCAUUCCAGUUUGAGACAGCUCUGAGUGGCAUAUGCUGUCAUUGUCAAGAAGACUCAGUCACUGAGUCCAUGGUGGGGGAGUGGGGUACCUGGACCUGCUUCCAGCUUUGCCCUAGAGGCUGCCUGAUCUCAGUGAGAACAGAGAAGUCCCAAGGAGGAGGUGAUGACACAGCAGCCAACAACAUCCAGUUUAGAUGUGCAGAUGAAACUGUGUUAGUAGGUGAUGGAUUAUCAUGGGGUUGUUUUGGCCCAUGGAGCAAAAGUUGCAAUAUAUGUGGUCUCCAGAACAAGGUAGAGCCCCCACGAGGUUUGAGGCUUUGGGAUGACACUGCGCUCAACAAGGUGAAGUUCCUCUGCUCAGUCUUCAUCACUUCCUACACAUCUCACACAGCAGGUGAAACAUCAGUAAAACUUAUCUCUAGCUUUAUACUGAGACAUUUCUGUGAUGUUUUGACUGCUUGCAUCUUGCUGCACUAG